AAAGCACGAAUGGUAGCUCUCACAAGGCACGGUUUUCGUUAUGGAGUCCCAGUGGAUUGCAACAGUAGUGUUGUACCCACACGUAAAUAUUCCUUAGAAGAAUCUAUAAGGAGAGGAGAACGUACACUUGAGUUGCUGGAAAGUUUGCACCGUUCUUCUCCCAGUGAUGAUAGGACGACGGAAGAGGAAUUCACUCCAGUUUUUCCAAAAGAUGGAGACGAUAAUACCAGUGAAGAUGUCAUUAUCAGCAAAAAACUGAGAUUGGGGUUGUAUGAGGAUGACUUUGCCGUAUUUGAGGAAGAAGAAGAAGAACAACAGUACAUGUUGGAAGGAGAUGAGCUAAUAAGAGCACUAUUAAGAAAAUUCAUAUUCAAUCUUGUUCAUUUUACAACUUUAAGACACGAUAGAAAGACACUAGUAGGUGCCAUAAGACGGAACAAGUUACUCAAUGAAGGGUAAUAUGGAAAUGGGUGAUAAAAAGAGGAAGAAUUGU